CCAACAGCCGAGGCAAGCCGCCUGUCGAAGCCUCUGCGAUGCAGUCAAGCUACCUGAACAACUGCAGCCUUGCCGGGCUAGUCAACGCGCCGUCCUGGCUGUGUGGGCCUGACUCUUCCGAGUACCUCUACCCUUCGGGUGGUAACGACAGUGCCGACUACCCGUGCAACCUAGCAGAGGGUUGCGACCCCACGACUUCCUCAUGGGACCCCACCAGCUCGCCAGAACCCUACACGGAGUCCUCCUACAGUCAACUGCUCGUCAGCAGCCGGUUCUGGAUCCAGAGGGUCCUGGUACCCAUAAUCACUAUCAUCGGCGUUGUGGGCAACUCAGUGACAAUCGUGAUAAUGACUCGCCGCCGGAUGCGGUCGUCCACAAACAACUACCUGGCCGCGCUCGCCAUAGUGGACAUGAUGUACCUCCUGGGCGUGUUCGCCCUUUCCCUCAAGCACUACGAGUUCAUCCAGGAGCAAGGUCUGCACAUCUAUUUUCGCUGCUUCCCAUUUAUCCUCCUGCUGACAGACACGUGCAGCAACACCUCCGUGUGGAUCACGGCCACGUUCACGGUGGAGAGGUACAUCGCGGUUUGUCACCCUAUGAAGGGCAAAGUGCUCUGCACCGAAUCGAGGGCCCGGAAGGCGGUGAUAGCCGUGGUCGUGUUCUGCUUCGUCCUCACGCUGCCAACGCCGUUUGAGUACGCGGUCAUUGAAGAGAAGCAUCCGGUCACCAACUCCACCAUCGUCAGCAUGAGCUACUCGGAGUUCGGACGGAACGAGCUCUACAAGAAGAUCUACUACUGGCUCACUGUGGUGCUCUUUACGCUGGUGCCCUUUUGCCUCCUGGCUGUGUUCAACGCUUUCCUCGUGCGUUCCGUGCACAUUUCCCGCAAUCAGCGCUCCAAGAUGACCCUGAGGACGGACUCCUCGAGGGACAACCAAGAGAACAAGAUCACCGUCAUGCUCAUCGCCGUGGUCAUCCUGUUCUUCGUCUGUCAGCUUCCCACGGCCAUGACGCUUCUCUACACUUCGAUACGGGUCCCCGAGGAAGGCAGCGAAGACGAGAUGCUCGUUUUCGCGCUGGGGAAUAUCUUCAACUUCCUCAUGUCCAUCAACGCGGCGGGAAACUUUAUUCUGUACUGUCUUCUAAGCCAGAAGUAUCGGCGUACCUUCCUGCAGAUAUUCUGCCCUUGUGCCGAGGGCCGCUUCGUACGCCUUCAAUCGGUCUACCAGUACACCGGCGCCGGGGUCAACCACUCCGACGAUCACACCGCUACCCGUCGCCUCAGCUCAGUGCGUUCCCAACGCUCAAACUCCACGGCCCCCGUGGAUUCGCUCACCGAUAACUCCAGCAAACGGACUUCCGGGCCCGGAAACCUGCUCAGUGUUCCCGAUCAUGAGUCCGCACCGGGCGACGGUGACGACGCCAACAGUGGAACGAGUGACAAGAAUGGUAACUGCGGCAGAAACUGUUCUCUCUGGAAGAAACUACGGCAAGCCAGGAAGAUUGACGGCAACCAAGGCCUGAAAGGGGCUAAAGACUGUGUUGUUGUGAUCACGGCCGACGGCGUGCCGCAGAACAAGUGCAUACACUCCAGUAUUUGAGACGAAUAUUCUCAGGCUUCGGGCGCUCACUGCUCUUGAUGGCUUUUAGACCACUGAGAGGUUUAUUUGGGCGAGACCCGUUGACCAAGUAUCUCUCUCCCGCCACUCCACGGGAAGGUAGCUAAGACAAAAGGAUGUGAGGGGGUGUAUGAAAACGGUGCUGGACGAUCGUCGAGCUUUCAGAAUCGCUUUUAAAGCUGCUGCGCCCGCGCAGCUAUUCUUAGUCGUUUAAUCCGGACCGGAUUACCAGAGCCCCUUAGUAACAAACGAACCUUGUUUCGCCGGCGCUGUAAUCUCAAGCGAAAAACCGGCGGAAGAUAGUUUUGUAGAAACUGUCGCUCUCUAGUUUUCACGGGCCUCUCGUAAAACAAAAAAACUUGCGUCUUUAGCCCCUCGGGUUGUGAUUCGUCUAGUCGUUUGUUGCCACUCGGAGAUAUUAAAGUUUUAUGGGUGGACGAGCGUAGAAAGCUCUUGAUUCGCUCGAACGGUUUGUGUACAGUUGUAUUUUUACCCAAUGGCUCCUGGAUAUGUCGAAGAGCACGAGUCGUUGAUUCUUAGCCUCAAGCAUGCAUAUCAUGUUUUCGUUUUGAGUGAAGAACUCUCACGUCAGUGUAGUCGCCGUUUGUUUUCUUGAAAUGUGUGUCUGGAAUAUGUUGUUUCAAGAUGCCUACACUGUGUCUUGGGUUGCCUUGAAAAUUAAACUCCAGUCGAGCAAACUUGAGAACUCGUUUUUUUAAUAUAUAUUUAAGGUGUCUCUUUGAACGUUGUAUUUCGAACAAGUGUCCCUGAACGAGACACCUGUUGUUGGCUAGUUUUAAACUUUAACUAAACUUUACCUCCAUCGCACCAUUUUAGUUCUUUAAUAUAAAGUUUCAUAGAUAUUUUAAAUCCUUUAUUGCACGCGUUACCUCGCAAGCAACUUUUUAUCAAUCAAAAAUGGGUAUAUGCUACGUAUUUCAGAUUGUGUGCACAUUUUGGCAUUUUGAAAAGCGUGUAAAUGUUCAUGAAAUUCUAACAAAUUCUAUAAAAUAAGGAUAACCUAAGACACGAUAUCAAAUGCUUUCUUCGGUUUAUUUACAAAACGGUUUCGAAUGGAGCUAGCGUUAUUUAUGUGUAGGUAAUAUGAAAUCGCCAAUUGCGACAAUAAAAAUAUUUGUCACAAA